AUGUCUUCCGAAAAGAUGAAAGCCCUCCACUAUGACGGACCUUUCAAGGUUUCGGUCAAGGAAAUCGACCUACCAAAGAUCCAACACCCAGACGACGCAAUCAUCAAAGUGACGACUUCUUGUAUCUGCGGCUCGGACUUGCACAUGUAUGAAGGCAGGACUGCUGCUGAGGCAGGCCUUGUCUUCGGACAUGAGAACAUGGGCGUGAUCACUGAAACGGGUCCUGGUGUUACGCUUCUCAAGAAAGGCGAUCGGAUCGUGCUUCCGUUCAACGUUGCAGACGGGCGGUGCAGGAACUGCGAGGAGGGAAAGACCGCUUUCUGCACUGGUGUCAAUCCAGGGUUCGCGGGAGGAGCCUAUGGCUAUGUAGCCAUGGGUCCUUAUCAAGGCGGCCAGGCGCAAUACCUCAGAGUUCCAUACGCAGACUUCAACGGUCUCAAACUUCCAGAAGGGACCGAGCAUGAGGCCGACUUUGCACUCCUUGCGGACAUUUUCCCAACAGGAUGGCAUGGACUUGUGCUCUCGGGGUUCAAGCCCGGCGAGUCUGUUGCAGUAUUUGGUGCAGGCCCUGUCGGUCUCAUGGCGGCAUACUCAGGUGUCAUCAGGGGUGCUGCAAAGGUCUUCGUUGUCGAUCAAGUCAAGGAACGUCUGGACGCUGCCGCCAAAGUUGGCUGCAUUCCAAUCAAUUUCCGAGACGGUGAUCCAGUACAGCAAAUCAUUGAUCAGAACGGCGGCAUGGUCGAUCGUGCAGUGGACGCAGUCGGUUACCAGGCCGUUGACAAGAGUGGCAGCAAAGAGCAGCCAAACGUCGUUCUCGAUCAGCUGAUCAUGGUCACUCGUCCGACAGGAGGGUUAGGCAUUCCCGGUCUCUAUGUGCCCUCGGAUCCAGGAGCGCCAGAUGCUCAGAGUGGUAAGGGACAGAUUUUACUGAGUUUUGGAAAGCUUUUCGAGAAAGGUCUAUCCCUUGGAACGGGCCAGUGCAACGUGAAGGCGUACAAUCGAUACUUGAGAGACUUAAUCAUUUCGGGUCGGGCGAAACCUUCGUUCGUUGUAUCGCACGAGUUGGAUCUGGAGGAUGCUCCAAUGGCUUACGACAAGUUCGACAAACGCAUCGACGGCUUUUCGAAGGUGCUCUUCCACCCCAACGGCCCUUUGUCGUAG